AUGAGUUACAUCCACACGGUGGUGAACAUACUGCUACGUGGACUCGUCAUCUAUGCGGUACUGGGCUUGGAGUGCACUUACUCGAAUGAUCUACCCAGCCAUUCGUCUAAUGCUGCAAAUGUGGCCGUCACAGAUCCCUGCCUUAUUGUGAUGCCACCAUGUAUGGGGGAAGCAGACCGCUUCAGUCUGGAGGCCCUCCGCCACAUCCACAAACAACUUGAUGAUGACAAUGAUGGAGGGAUAGAAGUUAACGAGAGUGUGGAGUUUAUCAUAGAAGACAUGAAGCAACAGCAAACCAACAAGCACAGCGUCCUGCACCGGGAGGACCAGCACAUCACGGUGGAGGAGCUGUGGAGAGCCUGGAAGACCUCUGAAGUGCAUAACUGGACCAGUCGGGACGCGGUGCAGUGGCUGAAGGAGUGCGUGGAGCUGCCUCAGUACGAGAAGAACUUCAAGGAGUUCAGAGUGACUGGGAACACCUUACCUCGAAUAGCAGCCAACGAACCGUCCUUUCUCUCCAUGCAGCUGAGGAUCAUAGACCAGCGGCACAAACAAAAGUUGGUGUUGAAAGCCCUGGACGCCGUGCUCUUCGGACCUCCUCUACGUCCGCAGCACAACUGGCUCAAAGACUUCAUCCUGAUGUUCUCCAUCGUGAUCGGCGUGGGCGGCUGCUGGUUCGCCUACGUGCAGAACAAGUCCAGUAAAGUGCACAUUUCUCAGAUGAUGCGAGACCUGGAGAGCCUGCAGCACGCCGAGCAGAGCCUCCUGGACCUGCAGAGUCGUCUGGAAAAGGCCCAGGAGGAGAACCGCACGGUGGCUGUGGAGAAGCAGAACCUGGAGCAGAAGAUGAGGGACGAGAUCACAGGAGCCAAGAAGGAGUCGUACAGACUGAGGGAGCUGAGGGAGGGAGCCGAGUGUGAGCUGAGCCGCCUCAAGUACGCCGAGGAGGAGCUGGUGCAGGUCCGGAAGGCUCUGAAACGGGCCGAGAAGGAGAUCCAGUCUGAGCGCUCGGUCCCGGAGGCUCUGCAGAAGUGGCUGCAGCUCACACACGAGGUGGAGGUGCAGUACUACAACAUCAAGAAGCAGAGCGCAGAGUUUCAGCUCUGUGUGGCCAAAGAAGAGGCCGAGAAAAUCAAAAAGAAAAGGGGUUCUGUGUUUGGAACUCUUCACGUGGCCCACAGUUCAUCGCUGGAUGAAGUGGACCAUAAGAUUUUAGAAGCAAAGAAGUCCCUGUCGGAGGUGACGGCCUGCCUGAGAGAGCGCCUGCACCGCUGGCAGCAGAUCGAGAAGCUGUGUGGGUUCCCGGUGGUCAACAACUCUGGUCUGCCCAGUCUGACGGCCAGUCUGUACUCGGACCACAGCUGGGUGGUGAUGCCGCGCGUGUCUGUGCCGCCGUAUCCCAUCGCAGGAGGCGUGGACGACCUGGACGAGGACACGCCCCCCAUCAUCCAGCAGUUCACAUCUCCUGGCCUCAUGCGUCCUCCUCUGACCCGCAACAGCAGCAUGUGUCGCUCUCGUCGCGGUCUCCUCACGUCCCCUCAGCCCUCGCUCAUGUCCCCGGACCCCGACCUGCUGUCCAUGGCCAGCUCCACCCUCUCCUAUCACCCCGAGGCGGACGACGAGCACCUCAUGUUCAGCAUAGAUAGGAGAGGGUACGUAGCUCCCUCCGCCAAGCCCAGCCCGCCGCUCGCCUCCGCACGCUGGGUCACGCUCAGGGAGGCUCUUCCGGAGGGUUGCUCGGACACAGACUCGCUCAGCCCCAUGGGACGGAAGCCGUACCAGUGCCCCUGCUCCAUGAGCUCGGAGACCCCGUACAGGAAGAUCUCGCGAGAGGAGCUGCUGCUGUACACACAGAGCCAGGAGCCAGUGGCGUCCAGCCCCACGUCCAGCAGCAGGGACUCCACCCCCCCUCCUGCCACCAGCCCCUCCGGACCCCCCUCCACCAGCCCCUCCCCCGCCCUGGAGCACCACCCCUUGGCCCCUGACCUCACCUGCACCAUCCCAGAGUCCCACAGCGCUCCGCCCACUCAGAGCGGGAAGGGCCUGUACAACGGGCUCCUGGAGAAGUCCUACAGCUUCAGCCAGCUGCCCCCCAGCAUGCUGCCCCCUGUGGGCCGAUACCCCUCCCUCACCUCUCUGGACUCGGAGGGACGCAGCAUGGGCCGCGAGCACAAGCUGCCCAGCACCUCCUCCCAGGACUCCUGCGACAACAUGGACAAACUCAAGCGCUCCUCAUCCAAAAUCAAAUCUUUAUUUAAGAAGAAGAAAUAA